AAAUUCACGCUCCCCUUGAUUUUCACUGUUUCUCUUUCAAUCACAGCCACCGGUCAUGUCGAACAAUCAAGGAAAGCCUAUGACCGAGCAGCAGCGCUACGAGUCGGCGCCGUCGUUUCGUCAGGCGGUGAAGUUCAUGACUGCAGCCACAAUUGGUGGAGGGUUGCUUCUUCUGUCUGGGUUAACCUUAACUGGGACAGUGGUAGCCCUGAUCCUUGUCACGCCACUUGUGGUACUUUUCAGUCCAAUUCUUGUCCCGGCGGCGAUAGUGGCGUUCCUGGUGGCAACCGGAUUCCUGUUUUCAGGUGGGUUUGGCGUGGCGGCAAUCACUGCAUUAUCGUGGAUAUACAACUACGUAACGGGGAAGCACCCGCUGGGGGCAGACCAGCUGGAUCAAGCGAGGAUGAUGGUUGCUAAUACGACUAGGGACAUGACAGAGAAGGCUAAGGAGUAUGGUCAGUAUGUGCAGCACAAAGCUCAGGGGGUUACUCAAGGGCAAGUGUCUUGAACGACGCGGAGGUCGUGGUUAAUUAGGGUCGUCGAUCAGUUUGUGGGUUCUGUAAGGUAGUGUAGGUGUUUUUGAGUCUUGUAUCUGAGUCAAUUGGAUGCAUGCAUGUUUGCAUGCAUUAGCAAUUGAACUGAUUCCCAGCCCUGCAAAAUUGUUCUUAAGGAAGUUUGUGAAGGAUUUUUGUUUAUUGUUAAAUAAGCACCUCUUUAUCUAAGUAAAAAGUUCAAUCUAGAUUGUUAAGUUCCUAAACAGAUGCACAGCAAUUCUGGAAAGCAGU